AAAAGCUAAAAAUAACCAGUUCAACAUAGUCACUUCUGCCUGAGAGCGCACUUAAACCAUUUCGAAAGGAAAGGACGACUCUUUUAUCUCAUCCGACAUAUUGACAAAAGGAUUUUUUUUUUCAAUUUAUAAACUAGAUCUAAAAAUAAUUACAGAGCUAUGUUUCACAUUCUGAGACGAGUGACACCGUGUGUCCUGAAGGUGAAGCCUGCCAAGUGGAUAUCGGGCCAUGCUUUACCCCGAGACACGCUCAUUCCACCAAGGACCAACUACUCUGGCAAAGCUGGGGAUGGUGAAGGCAAAGGAGGCGGCGGUGGUGGUGCUAUCAGAAGUGCUGGAGGAGCAUUUGGGAAAAGACAGGUUACCCAAGAGGAGAAAUAUUUUUACGAUGAAGAGCAGAAACAGAUCAAAGAAAUGAAAACGAAGCUGACGGAGAUGUAUCGCAAGCAAUUAAGUGAACGCGAAUCUAAGAUCAGCAGCUUGAAACGGGAUUUAAAGAAUGUCCAGGAUACUAGCAGCAGGCACAACAUGGAAGAAGAGAUUAGAGUCUUGGAACAGGAAGUGAAGACCCUUCAAAAGAAGAUAGCUGAACAAGACUAGACAUGAAGCACGUGACUCUAUUGAACGAAACCGUAUUUUAUACUUUGUUAUAAACGUGCUGUGAACCUGGUAGCUAUUUACUUGUGUAUUCAUGCCUACAGAACUAGCCAUUUGGUAGUCUGUGUGUGAUUUUUGAUUAUAAAGUCAUCUUUUUAUCUAGGUCUUUAUUAAGGACAUUUUGAACAUAGUGACAGAUGGAGAAAACAAGUAAGAGAGAGAGAGAGAGAGAGAUUUACAAUCUAGCAUGUAAUUUAGAUAGUAGAUUGUGAUUAUAGAUGUUUGUCGAACUGUUCUUCAAAAUAAAAUUUAUAACGAAUUCACGGA